CAGUUGCUUUAAAAAGCAAACUUGAGCGCUUCUCUCAGGUAGCUAAGAGACCAGAGCGCUGCUCUCUGUGCAAUUAACAGUUAUGAAAAACCUUCAUUUCAAGGAUUUCUUCUGGAACUCUGACCUGACCAGCACUGCUGGCUAUGACGCUAUCAUCCAGUAUCUCAAUGAUGGCAAGAGGACAUGCAAGGAGGUGGAGGAGUUCAUGAAGGCCAGGGCAUCAAUUGAAGAGAAGUAUGCCAAAGAUCUCCUUGGUUUGUCCAAGAAGGUGUGUGGACACAAUGAGAUGAACACAUUAAAAAGAUCCCUGGACAUGUUCAAAUUACAAACUGAACAUGUGAGUUUGUCACACUCACAACUGGCGCAGAGCAUGAGGGAAGAGGCCAAGAAACUGGAAGAAUUCAGAGAAAAACAGAAGGAAGCUAGGAAAAAGUUGGAACAACAGAUGGAUACCCUCCACAAACAGAAGGCUUCACAGUUUAAGAAGACGAUGGAUUCAAAGAAGACAUAUGAGCAGAAGUGCCGUGAUAAAGAAGAAGCAGAUCAGAACGUGAACCGAAACACCAACACCAACAACACCAAGCAGAUGGAGAAGCUCUACGCAAAAGCACAACAAGCAAAACAGAAUGCAGAAGAAGCAGACAGGUUUUACCAUCAGAAUGUACUCACAGUGGGAAAGGCUAGAGAUGAAUGGCUGAAGGAACAUAUCAAAGUCUGUGAGACGUUUGAGAAACAGGCAAUGGAGCGUAUUAACUUUCUGAGAAACACAGUGUGGACUCACCUCAACCAGCUCUCCCAGCAGUGUGUGACCAGUGACGAGCUGUAUGAGGAAGUGAGGAAGUCUCUGGAGAAUUGUGCCGUCCAGGAAGAUAUUGAACACUUUGUAAACCUCAGACGGACUGGUGACAAACCACCAGCUCCAAUUGUGUAUGAGAACUUCUACAGCAGUCAGAGGCCUCCAGCUGGAGCUCCACCUUCCCGGCUGCCUCCACCAAUCACCAGGAGAGGGCCGUUACCUGAUCCAACACAAAACAAUGAUACAAUCUACUCCACAGUGCAGGACGCAGGGUACAGUGUGAUCCAGUACUAACGCACAGACCAGCUGCCAGAGUUAUUGUACAUCCUGUCCAGCACAGGAGCUUUUGUGACGGACAUCAAACGUUACACGAGUCUCUUCACUUCCUCCUUUGUGAUUUCCUGUUCCGAUACAGUCUCCCCACAUGGAAAUAAGCGCCGUAACUGUGCACGCACAUAUUUUUAGAUGAGGUCGUGUGGUAUUUUCAAUAUCACAGUGCUAUAAACAGAAUAAUUUUAUUCUUAGGUUAAUGUGUGUAUAUUUUUUAAUCAAAAUGCGCACUAAAAUGAGUUCUGCUCAGUAUUUAAUGAAAAAGACAUUCUGUAAAAUUAGAUUGUAAACAUAAAACAGUCUAGGUUAUUACUGUAUAACCUUCAGUCACUCCCACUGGCCAGAUAGAGCCUUUUUAUUAUGUUUAUAAUGUUUUGUUAUGUUCUGUUUUGUAUUUAUUUUUGUAAAUCUGUACUUCGUUGUCUGCUUACUUGUUUUCAUUUCCUCUUAGAUGCGAGAGUAACAUGUCAGCUGACAGAGAUCUUGUGAUUGGAGGACACACACACACACACACACACACACACACACACACACACACACACAGAGUCAUUUUUCUGUGUGCAGUACAUUGGGUACAACUUUUCCUAUUUCUUUCCAUGAAAGUCCUGUAUCCCAACAGUCUUGAUUAGUUUAUGUGCUGAACAACAGGCUCAUUUUCUAAUGUAAGAAAGUCCUAAAAUGACAUUGAGGUAAUUAAAAUGGAAAUGUGUGAUGAUUUUUAUAAAAUACUUCCAGAUUUCUUGAGGUUGUUUGAAAAUGUUGCACUUUGAUUUUGCUUUAUUUAUGUUCACAUCAUUUGUAGAAAUUGCUAUAAACUGUGACAAAGUUUGAAACUGCAGCAGUAAAGAUUUCACUGUGCAGGUGACCUGGUGUUUGUUUUUUAU